AAAUCUCAAACCCUAAUUCCCGUAUCCUUGUUUCAAGCUAACUUAUCAAGUCCAGAAUCUGGGCAAGAGGCAGGCAUUCUUGCAGGGGGGCACCAAUCUAGGGGAAGAGGAUAACCUCAGCUUAAGAAAGGGACAAAAGAUUGAAGAAGCAACAACUCUACGAGCCUAGGGUUGGUGCUUGGUUAGGGAGAAAUUCAAAGAAACUUGCUUGAUCCGCCUAACCUUUCUAAGCUAUGGAUAUUGAAGAAGAUAUCAAGGCCCUUCAGCUUGAUUCAUCUGCAGAAGAUACUCCUAUGGCUAAUGCUGAUGAUGGGAAACUUGACGAAGUUGUAAAGUCUGAUGAAACUGACACAGGAGAUGUUAAGCAUGAGCCACAAGCAAACUCAGAGCCAAUGCAUAUUGAGCCUAAAAGCAUUACAGAAGAAAAAGAGAAGAAAAGUCCAGCUCUAGAUGAUAUUAAUGAUGAGGUGGAACUCAACAAAAAGCGACAUAUCAAUGUUGUCUUUAUUGGGCAUGUUGAUGCUGGGAAGUCAACUAUUGGUGGUCAGAUUCUAUUCCUUAGUGGACAAGUAGAUGACCGUACAAUCCAGAAAUAUGAGAAAGAAGCAAAGGAUAAAAGUAGAGAGAGCUGGUACAUGGCAUAUAUCAUGGACACAAAUGAAGAAGAGAGGGUUAAGGGUAUUACUGUUGAAGUUGGAAGGGCACAUUUUGAAACAGAAACUACAAGAUUCACAAUUUUGGAUGCUCCGGGACACAAGAGUUAUGUUCCAAAUAUGAUUAGUGGAGCAUCUCAAGCUGAUAUAGGUGUACUGGUGAUAUCUGCAAGGAAGGGUGAGUUUGAAACUGGAUAUGAAAGAGGUGGACAAACACGUGAGCAUGUUCAACUUGCAAAGACUCUUGGAGUUACAAAGCUCCUCAUUGUUGUAAAUAAAAUGGACGAACCUACUGUCAACUGGUCAAAAGAAAGGUAUGAUGAAAUUGAGGGGAAAAUGAUACCUUUUCUGAAGUCUUCUGGAUAUAAUGUGAAGAAAGAUGUUCAAUUUCUUCCCAUAUCUGGGCUUUUGGGUUCAAAUUUGAAAACAAGAUUGGAUAGAAGUGUUUGUCCAUGGUGGAAUGGCCCCUGUCUAUUUGAAGCUCUUGAUGCGGUUGAAGUCCCACAUCGUGAUCCUAAAGGUCCUUUCAGAAUGCCAAUUAUUGAUAAAUUUAAAGACAUGGGAACAGUUGUUAUGGGUAAAGUAGAAUCUGGUAGCAUACGUGAGGGAGACAAUUUGUUGGUGAUGCCUAAUAAGGCUCCUGUUAAAGUUCUUGCCGUAUUCAUAGAUGAAGACAAGGUUCGACGUGCAGGGCCUGGGGAAAACUUGCGAGUCAGAUUAUCCGGGGUUGAGGAAGAGGAUAUCUUGUCGGGUUUUGUUUUGUGCAGUGUUGCUAAGCCGGUACCUGCUGUUACUGAGUUUGUUGCUCAAUUGUCAAUCCUGGAGUUGCUGGAUAAUGCAAUUUUUACUGCUGGAUACAAGGCUGUGUUGCACAUUCACUCAGUUGUUGAGGAAUGUGAAAUUGUAGAGUUGAUGCAGCAAAUUGAUCCUAAAACAAGGAAACCGAUGAAAAAGAAACCACUCUUUGUAAAGAAUGGUGCUUUUGUUGUGUGCCGCGUUCAGGUAAACAGUCUGAUAUGCAUUGAGAAAUUUUCUGAUUUUGCCCAGCUUGGAAGAUUCACUCUUCGCACAGAGGGGAAAACUGUUGCUGUGGGCAAAGUGACUAGUCUUCCUACUGUAGGUGACAAUGCAUAGAAUUUUUGUAAUCUCUAAGGUUAUACUCUGUACCAGUUUGAGCUGGAGUUUUUGACGGAAUGAGGAAUGAGAUAUACUGAUACUGAUGGUGUCAACGGAGUCUGGGGUAUCUGUGGAUAUUAGGCAAUCAGUAUUGUACUUAAUGUAUGUCAUUUAGACCCUUCAUUGUUGGAAGGGUUUUUAUUCAAGUUUCAAUUUUGGAUUUUUUUUUUUUAAAUUCUUAUUAUUUCUACUCUAAAUUCGAGUUGGUUUGCUCUAGUGCCUUGUGCUACAUUUUCCUUUAUAAAUAUUUUUGGAUGAAGAUUCAAUUGUCUCACAA